AUGUCGAGCCUCACGGCUUUCAACCUCGAUGCUUCGCCUCGGCCCACGCGUACGCAAGCAGACAAGCUGCCGCCCUACAAAGAACUGAUCAUUCCGAAUAUCAAAAGACUCUCCACUGCCAAGGACAUCUAUCUUUGGGGAAAUUGCAUCGAAAUCUCUCUUUGCGCCCGCCACCUCAACUGCUUGAUCUCUGAUACUCUGCCUCGCCCUACCACUGACCACCCUGGCUACCAAAACUGGCUGAACUGGUCCCGCCUGAUCAGCAAGUGGCUCGUCCGCAACGUCGAUCCGAAGUUCACACCCCACUUCCAGAAUAUCCAGGCGCAGCUUCAAUACGCAGAUACCACCUACAAAGAGAUCCUCGGGUUGAAGAUUCCCAAGACCGACCAAGAAGACCGCAUGACCAAGGCGCUGAUUCAAUUGUGGAAUACGCGUCGUCACAAAUACCCUGGAAUCGACGAGUAUGUCGAUGCUUGGCGCAAUCAGGUUGUCGUCUGCCAAGGUCUCACUGUUGGUUUUGACUAUCUGUCGGCUACGAAGAUCAUGCUGCAUGAAAUGGAAGGAGAUAGUCCGGUUCUGGCCAAGUUCAUCAGAUUCCAGCUUGAGAACCCGAGUCAACCCAGCGAUGCCCGUUUGCCGAUGACCUAUGAGGAGUUUGAUCGCCUUGUUCGUGGAAUUAUCGGGGCAGUGAAGAAAGAUAACUUGAGGCCAUCGUGA